AUGACCCGAGUUGGCAGCAAGAUCCUGAUCCUGGCACCUUUGAUGGCUGGGCUGAUGUUCUGCCUCUUUGACAUGUCUCGAGCAGCUAGCAGCUUUGACUGCUGCCUUGGGUAUACGGAGCGUCCUCUCAGCAGUAAAUUGAUCAAAGGCUACACAGAACAGUGGUCCUAUGAAGCCUGUGACAUCGAUGCCAUCAUCUUUUAUACCAGACGACACACUGUGUGCGCCAAUCCAAAGGAACCAUGGGUGAAACAUGCCCUCAGGAAUUUAAGUUUGAGACUUAAGAAGAUGUCAAAAUAAUUGAAAUGGAACUGGAAAAAGGCGAAAGGCCCAAAGAACCUAAACUAGGUUGGAAUUUCUGCUCACACAUCAUUGUGUGCUUACCGUCUAUUUUAUUUGGUUAUCAUUGGAUCUAUCCAAUUAGUGAAGUUGAUUCAUAUUGCAUCAUAGUUUUGCUUUUUUAAGCAUUAUAUAAAAGCCUGACAUUUUCUUUAUGUUGUUGUAUUUAUAGAUAGAGAGUUUAUGUAUCAAUUAAAUGUUUGUCAUUUAAAAUUUUUUCACAACCUGACUCUAACCUAUGUUUCUAGUCUGUGAUCUAGCUGAACUGGCGUUCUUGCUGUUCCCCACACACAACACUCCAUUUCCACGCUCUACCCCUUGUCCCUUAUGCCUGGAAUGCACUUUUUCCUUAAUUCCACUACUUGGAAACUCUAAGUUCCCUUUAAAGCUCCACUCAAGUGCUACCUUCUAAAUGAAGUUCUUCCUGAGCCCCUCAGAUGCUCCUGCUCCCCCUCCCCAAAUUGUAUUUAUUUUUCAUACCCUUGUAGAUGUACAUGUUGUCUUCCUUGACAGAAUGUAAGUCCUUUGAGGACCAGGAGUGUUUCCUAGCACCCAGUGUAGUAGCUGGCACACAGUAGGUGCUUAAUAGGUCUAUAGAGCAGUAAGCUAGUCUGUUAUUAUUAUUGUUGUUGUUUGAUAUUCAGUUAUUUGAAGGAUCGAAGUACUGUUAUUACCUUUAUUAUUUGGUAAAAACAUUUUGAAUUGU